CGGUGGGAAAAGUACCGCCCCUGAGGGUGGUGAUGUGAGUAUGGGGAGCAGGAGCAGGGGAUCAGCCUGUGGGAUCGGGAUGAAAGCUGAUCCUUGUGGAACGCAGAUGCCAAACACAGGAAAUCAUCUGCUGCGGGUCAACACGUAGCCGAUAGGCUAACAAAACUUUCCACUAUUUAAAUGCUCGAGACUAGAUUUAUGAAUGGCAGGAAGCGGGAACUGUAAAUAAUUGUGUACAGAAAAAAAAGAAGCAACGUGUACCAGCCAGAUCGUUACUCUGUCCCACAGGUAAUGAGUUAACAUGGAGGCAGGCAGCGUGGUGCGUGCUGUGUUUGAGUUCCUACCCAGUGUCUCAGAGGAGCUUCCUCUCUUUACCGGUGAUGUUGUUGAAGUCCUUAGUGUAGUGGAUGAGUUUUGGUUGCUCGGGAUUAAAGACAGAGUCACAGGUCAGUUUCCAAGCACCUUUGUUGAAUCUGUCACAGUUCCCCCUACAAAGGCAGGAGAGCAACUUUAUGUGUGCAUCAGUGACUUCAACUCCUCUGAGCCAGACAACCUGUCCCUGAAGAGAGGUGAUGUGGUGGCUGGAGAGGGCAAUGUAGAUGCAGUUUGGCACAGGGGUCGGAAUGCCUGGGGCUCACGUGGACUUUUUCCAUUAUCCUGUGUGAAGGAGCUGGAGCUAUCGGGCCGCUCUAAGCAGCUGAGUGAGCGCAGUGCAGCUGCCCAAGAUUCUGAUCUGCCUCCUUAUGCUCUGGGCCAGGGACGUGCUCUGAUGAGCCUGCACGCCCAGCUGGAUGAAGAGCUUGACUUUCGUGAAGGUGACCUCAUCACUAUAGUGGCCAUGCCUGAGCCUGGUUGGUUCCAGGGUGAGCUGGACGGUAGGACAGGAAUCUUUCCUGAGGGUUUCGUAGAGCUGCUUGCACCUUUGCGCUCACUCCUGCCUGACAAUCCUAUGAGCCAUGGACAGAGUCAGUAUCUCACCUGCAGAAUGGAGGAAGAGGAGGAAAAGGAAGAGGAAGAAGAGGAGAGACUGAAGGACAGUGUAGAAAGGCAGACCCAAGAAGAAGAUAAAGAGGAAUCUGGUGUGUAUGGAAUUGCACAGUAUGAUUUCCGAGCUCUGGAGCCGGAGGAGCUGGACUUUGAUGUUGGGGACAGGAUACAAAUACUUAAAAGUCUAGAGGAUGGGUGGCUUGAGGGGCAGGUGCGGGGCAGAAGGGGUAUUUUCCCCCACCGCUUUGUUAAGUUUGAGAAACAGUUAGAGGAACAAGUGCCCACUGUAAGUGGAAAAAACGACACCUGUGAAAAAGAGGAAGGAGACAGUUAUGCUUCUGAUCAUAGUUGUGGUCAAGAAGACCAAGCUUUCCAAGCACAUAUCCAGGAUGGGACAAGCCAUGAGGACUAUACGGUGUGGGAUCUGGACUACUUUGAGAAAAGAGAAGAAUGCAGAGAAGCCUGUAAAAGGGACACAGGGUCAGAAAUCAGCUGUCAGGACAGAACAACAGUUCAGAGUCUGCCUCAGAAUCAGCCAGAUCCCAGGAGACAAGAGAGGCCACCACCACCACUUGUCCAUCCCAGUAGAACAGGCAAUUCAGGCCCCAGGCCACUCCAGAGAACUAACUCAGGAAAUCUGAUUCCACCCAGACCACAGCUGCCUCCUCGCCCCAGCCUCCACAACAGACAGAACAGCACAAGUAAUCACAGCAGCCCUCCUGAACCACCACCUGUUCCUAACACCAGGAACACCAGCCUUAACCGAUCUAAUAGAAGUUCUUCAACUCUUCAGAGCAAUUCAUCCUGGACAAGGAACAAAGGCUACUAUGCCUCACAUGACAGCAGAGUCCCAUUCAGCAGCAGAAAAUCAGCCAGUCAAGCCACCAACAGACAGAAGAAGUUGACCCGUCAUGCAAGUGUCAGCGAUGCUGACCUGGGAACUUAUGGGCGUGGGGAGCAUAAUAUAUGGUCUCAGGAGCAGGGCAGUAAUGGACUAACCAUGUCUCAUACGUUAGGCUCUUUGUCUGGUGACCUAGAAGCCAAGUUGACCCAGCAGCUACUAGAGUUCGAAAGCAGCCUUCCAGGCAGAUAUGGAGGAAAUGAUGAGCAGCCCAUGAGAAACAAUCAAUGUAAAGACAAUUUUUCCCGCCACUUUUCUAUCAUGGACUACAGUAGCGAGAGUGACAUCAUCAAAGGCUUUUCCCAUGAUUCGCCCCUGUCUAGCCCCAGCUCAUCUCUAGAAAGACGGAAAACACUGCGGCCCCCUCCUCCUCGUCCCAGGAUUCUCAGACCACCAGCACCUCGUGGUCACACUUCUCUUAGCAAUGGUCAAUUUUGUCAACAGCCCUACAGGCCAAUGCGACAAGCUCCACGGCCACCUCCACCUUGUCCUCGACCUCCUAUGCAGCACUCCAACCUCUUGGUCUCAACAGAGGAAGAGGAGGGUACACCGGAGGAAAAGGUGGAGGAGGCCGAAGAUGCUCUACAGAGGGAGAGAGAGAUUGAGCAAGAGAGGGAAAGAGAGCAGGAGCAAUAUAGACUUCUCCUGAGACUUGAGGAAGUAGAAAGAGACAUUGAUAUGUACACACAUACAGCACAGGAGUUGAGUGCCAUGCUAGAGGAAGAGGGAGAGGAGGAUGAAGUGGCACGUCAGCAGGCCUUGGAGAAUCUGGAGUUCUGCAACUUCACUGUGGAGACUCUCACACUGGAGCAACAGCAGUUGCGAGAGAUGACUCUACUGUCGGCCCAGCCCAAAUCGCUAGAACCUGCUCCAGCCUCUGCAGCCACCACAGAGGAUCCUGAGCAAAGGAUGUUAGAGAAAAGGUCAAAGGUCAUAGAAGAGCUCCUGCAAACUGAGAGAGAUUACAUCAAAGACUUGAACAUGUGUAAGGCAGAAAUCAUCGUACCUCUGCAGAUAAAACAGGUCCAGAAUAUAGACUUCGAUGGGCUCUUUGGCAACAUCGACUCUGUAAUUGAUCUCUCCACACGUCUUGAAGAAGCUCUUCAGGACACUGACUCCAUAGGAAAAGUGUUCUUGGACUUCAAAUCAGAACUGGAAGAGGUGUACAAGGUCUACUGUCAGAAUCAUGAUGAUGCCAUCGCCUUGCUGGAGACCUAUGAGAAAGAUGAAAACAUUCAGAAGCAGGUGCUGGAAUGCCUGGAGAACCUCAGAGCGAUAUACCAUGAGUGGGGGAAGACCAACUACAUAAAUCUGGGUUCGUUCCUAAUAAAGCCUGUACAGAGGGUGAUGCGUUAUCCGCUGCUGCUCAUGGAGCUCUUGAAUGCCACACCAGAGUCACACCAUGACAGGAAGCAGCUUGCAGAUGCAGUGUCAUCUGUCAAAGAAAUCAAUGUCAACAUCAAUGAGUACAAAAGAAGAAAGGACCUGGUGGUGAAGUACCGCAAAGGGGAUGAGGACAGACUCAUUGACAAGAUCUCCAAACUAAGCAUGCACUCCAUUAUCAAGAAGUCAAACAGAGUGAGCAGUCACCUCAAACACCUGACUGGAAUUGCACCACAGAUUAAAGAUGAAGCUUUUGAUGAGGCGGAGAAGCGAUUUAGACUCCAGGAGAGAUUAAUCAAGUCCUUUAUCAGGGAUAUCUCUCUUUAUCUGCAGCACAUAAGGGAGUCAGCCUCUGUAAAGGUGCUGUCAGCCAUCAGCUUCUGUGAUAUCUACACAGAGCGACAGAAACAACUGGAUCCAGAGCGCUUCCAAAGAGCUCAUCGGUGUAUCAGUGACAAGCAGUUCACUGAAUUUAAAGAGAGGACAGAGGCUCUGGUCAUCUCUCCCCUCAACCAGCUGCUUUCCAUGUUUGCUGGUCCACACAAGCUGAUCCAGAAGCGCUUUGACAAGCUACUCGACUAUGAUAACUGUAAGGAGCGAGCAGAGAGGUUAAAAGAUAAACGUGUGCAGGAAGAGCUGCAAACAGCAAGGAACAACUACGAGGCCCUGAAUGCCCAGCUGCUGGACGAGCUUCCCAAAUUUCAUCGUGCUGCUGAAGAGCUCUUCACCAACUGCAUGCGAGGCUUUGCUCAGGCACAGAGAGACUUCAUGUUUCUCACACUGGGAGAGCUCUCUCCACUCCUGCAGCUGCCAGGUAUAGGAGGCACGGAGGGGAACCUGGUGUCACUGUUUCAGGAAGAGCACAGCAGAGUUCUCCAGCUUUUACAAAGCUUCAGCUUCUUCCCAGAGAACCUUCCCAUGCCACGCAAAGCCUAUGAAAAGAAAACCCUUGAGAAACCGACUUCCAAGAAGCCGCUUCUAAACCCUCCAAAUUGCAUAAUGCAGACUGAUGAGCAUCGGACAGGGCUACUUGCUCUCUACGGCCCAGAGAGACUAUUCCAGGCUGAAAGAAAUUUUAAUGCUGCACAAGACCUGGAUGUGUCCAUUCAGGAGGGUGAUAUUGUGGGAGUCAUCAAACAGCAAGACCCCAUGGGCAGUCAGAAUCGAUGGCUUAUAGAUAACGGUGUCACAAAGGGCUUUGUUUACAGCUCCUUCUUAAAGCCCUAUAACCCACGACAAAGCCAUUCAGAUGUUUCUAUUGAGAGUCAGUCUUCCAAUGAGUCAGGAUAUGGUGGCUCCUCCCCUGUGUUCUCACGACAGAACAGCAACAGCACACUGACAUUUAACCAUGAGACAUCUUCCGUCAGCUUCUCUUCGGGUCACACUCCAAACCAGGCAUCACUACGCCUCUCUCAGGACUCUAACACCUCCCAGAGGAUUCCCCACACCGAUACUCCAUCACCAAGCUACCCUCAGACUAAUCAGAGGGAUACCCCUGACUCUACCUAUAGAAAUUCCUCCAAUCAGAAAGAACUGUCUGAGACUGCUGUUCAUAAUGCUGCCAAUCACAGAGACUAUUCAGAGACUUUGUCCCGAAAUCCUGCCAAUUACAGAAAUUCCUCUAACUCCAGUUACACUCCACCAACUAAUCACAGAGACCCCUCAGACUCUUCAGAGACAGACUCUUGUUCAUCCAAUAAAGACUCUAGACACGAUGCAUCACAGAGGCACACAGCUUAUGGCUCUCAGCAGAGACAGAACAUCGAGUGUUCAACACAGAAAAGGAAGCCUCAGUAUUCUGCUGAUGAGUACAUAGAGCCUGAACAUGAGCUGGACGGCAAUCAGAUAUACUAUGCUCUUUAUUCAUUCACUGCACGCUGUGCAAAUGAGCUGAGCAUUUCAGCCAAUCAGAGAGUUAGAAUCCUAGAGUUUCAGGACAUGAAUGGCAACCAGGAGUGGUGGCUGGGUGAGGCCGGAGGACGGCGGGGCUACGUACCUUCCACAUACAUCCGCAAGUCAGAGUACACCUGAGCAUGAACGCUGUAUCAGAGGAAGAAAAAUAUCCAGUUACCCCAACCACCACAAAUAAGCUGAGCUGCAGAGCCAAGUGGAAAAAAGGACAAUGUUGUGCUUUUAACUAAGUGAGAGAUGGACUGAUGUGGUGAAUGAGAAAGCAGAUUAUUGCUGUUUAUGGCAACAAAAUGUGACUAUUCAUAAAUGCAUUUUCUGGCUUUCUUUUAUCUCUUAUGGACUUCCUCAUUGUGACAUUCUUGAACAGCCAUUAAAAAUUUUGCUUUUUGAGUUUGGAGAAAGAAUAGAAUGAUUGUGUGAAAGCAUGGGUUAUGUUCAGGUGUCUGAAUGAACAAUAAAUGAGUGCAUAGGAGCUGGGCAGGAGAAGUCCAAAAAUAUGCUAGCACUUACCUGGUUUGCUAAAGGAAAUAGAUCAUGAAAUAAAGAAAAUAGAAUGAAGUGUUAAAACCUGUGUUGGAUAUGUGAGCAUAACACUGGCAUGCAUUACUAGAGGAAGUAAAGUAAUGAGAAAGCAGUGCAUGUUCUCGGGUACUUAGUGAACAAAAGCAGUGGUUUGAGCAUGAUAUUUCAGAGCUUUUUGGAAACAUCUAGACUUGCUUGUAAGACAAUCAGAAACAUCCCGUAUUCAAAUGUGCAUGUGAUCAAACAAUUAACAAAGUUUACGAAUCUUUCACAGAGCUCAGAACAAGACUCGGUAUAUGCUGAACAAUAUUUAAGAGUCCAAAUAAAAUGUGAGAGGGGGGUUUUAUAAAUACAGUACUUCCAUAAUUUUGUAUUUUUUUUCACUUUUUUGAAUGAAUUGUUCCUUACAGUUACCUUUGAAUGGGUUUUAGGAGCCAGAGCCACAUAGGAGGUAGAUCAAUAGUGAUUUCAUCCAUUGAAACCAUGAGGCCCUAGAGGUCCUUUUGAUGCAUGCUGUUGAUGACUUUCAUCAUAUUCAUCUCUGAUGCUGUAUAGUAACCAUGUAUGUACUGUAUUCCAGUCACAAGCAAUCUAUUCCUUUCUCAUUUGAAUAAAACAUCUAGGAAAAAUGAACUCAAGGACUGAAUGAAUCUAUACAAUACAGAGCUCCUUUACAUACAUGUCUGGCUUCAAACGUUUACCUACAUUGAUCAGCUAUAACAUUAUGACCACCUGCCUAAUACUGUGUUGGUCCCCCUUUUGCUACCAAAACAGUCCUGACCCAUCGAGGCAUGGUCUCCACUAGAUCCCUGAAGGUGUGCUGUGGUAUCUGGCACCAAGAUGUUAGCAGCAGAUUCUUUAAGUCCUGUAAGUUGUGAGGUGGGGCCUCCAUGGAUCGAACUUGUUUGUCCAGCAGAUGCUCGAUUGGAUUGAGAUCUGGGGAAUAUGGAGGCCAAGUCAAACCUCAUCAAACCAUUCCUGAACCAUUUUUGCUUUGUGGCACAGCACAUUAACCUUCUGAAAGAGGCCACAGCCAUAAGGGAAUACCUUUUCCAUGAAAGGGUGUACAUGGUCUGUACAUGGUCUGCAACAAUGCUUAGGUAGUAAAUAGUGGUAAGUGUCAAAGUAACAUACACAUGGAUGGCAAGACCUGAGGUUUCCCAGCAGACCAUUGCCCAAAGUAUGACACUGCCUCUGCCGAUUUGCCUUCUUCCCUUAGUGCAACCUGGUGCCAUGUGUUCCCCGUGAUUCAUCAGACCAGGCCACCCUCUUCCAUUUCUCUGUGGUCCAGUUCUGAUGUUCAUUUGCCUUUUGUUGCCGCUUUCAGCAGUGCACAGGGGUACCCUGAAUGGUCUGCGGCUAUUCAGCCCCAUACGCAACAAAAUGUGAUGCACUGUGUAUUUGAGCAACAGUAGCUCAUCUGUAGGAUCAGAUUACCCUGGACAGCCUUUGCUCCCCAUGCGCAUCAGUGACCCUUGGCCACCCAUGACCCUGUCUCCGGUUCACCACUGUUCCUUCCUUGGACCACUUUUGAUAGAUACUGACCACUGCAGACCAAGAACACCCCACAAGAGCUGUAGUUUUGGAGAUGCUCUGAUCCAGUCGUCUAGCCAUAACAAUUUGCCCCUUCAUCAAACUCACUCAAAUCCUUACACUUGCCCAUUUUUCCUGCUUCUAACAUCAACUUUGAGGACAAAAUGUUCACUUGCUGCCUAAUAUAUCCCACCCACUAACAGGUGCCAUGAUGAGGAGCUAAUCAGUGUUAUUCACUUCACCUCUCACUGCUCAUAAUGUUAUGUCUGAUCGGUGUAUAUUGCUUCAUGUAUCAGUGUAACCAAAUGCAUGUUUAAAAAAUAAACUGAUUGUGAAAUUG